AUGAGUGGUCUUAUUUAUGCCUUGUAUGCAGGCCAAUUUAUUUUGAAUGCAGCGAAUUCAUCUAUAGCUCCUUUUUUCCCUUAAAAAGCUAAGACUUUUGGGAUAGAUGAAACUAUGAUUGGUCUCAUAUUUAGUGUUCACCCUGUAGGUAAUUUCAUAUGCUCUCUCAUAAUUGGAAAGCAACUUUCAAAAGGUGAAAAUAGAAAACCUGCUACAUUAUUAGGAAUUCUUCUUACUGGCAUAGGCAUUUUAGGAUUCGCUACGGUUUAAUACAUUACUAGAAAAUGGGUUUUCAUUACUGUUACUUUAUUAUCAAGAAUUAUUUUGGGAGUGGGUUAAUCAUUAUUUAGUACACCUGCCUAUGCUUAUAUUCCUUUACUAUAUAAAUCAACAUUUGAAGAGAAGUGCGGUUGGAUGGAAAGUGUUUGCGGUUUUGGUUUAAUGGUUGGCCCUCUACUAGGCAGUGUUUUAAUUUAAUUGUGGGGUUAUGUAACUCCAUUUAUAUUCUUUGCUGCAGUUUCAAUCUUGCUGAUACCAGUUUUACACCACUACAUUCCAGCUAGAAUAGAUUUUAAUCAGGAAGGUAAUGAGCUAAAGGUUUCUUUAUCUUCUUAAGAAUAAGAUUAAGAUGAACAAACCUAGGAAGAACCAGAAGAAUUUGAAAUCAAUUAUCUAGAAAUUUUUAAAGAUAAAGAUAUUAUUUUAAACUAUAUUGCAAUAUUUUUGCCCUCUUGCGGUCUACUUUUCCUUGACCCCACUAUGGGUAUAUAUUUUGAAGAAACCUAUGGGUUGGAUGAUCUAUAUGUUGGUUUAGUCUUUUCUGUUGGAACAGUUGUUUAUUUGCUAGCAUCUCCAAUAGGAACAAAGAUGCUUUAAUAUACUAAAAAUUAUGAAUUUUUACUUUUUCUUGGUUCAAUUUUGACAGGUAUCAGUUUCUUUUUUUUGGGUCCUGACGAAUAUACAUUUUUACCCUAAAAAUUGUAUAUAACUUGUAUUGCAAAUGGAUUUAUAGGAUUAGCAAGUAUAUUAAUUUACAUACCUGCUCUUCCUCAAUUAUAUAAAAUACUCUUAAGAAUGUAUCCUGAAGAAAACGAAGAAAUUAUAGGUGAUAUCUCUAGUGCUCUAUAUAAUACUAGUUAUGCUGUCGGAGAGUUUAUUGGUCCUCUCCUAGGAGGUUUACUUGCUUAAUCUUUUUCAUUCUCUAGAGGAGCUAGCUUGUUUGGAUUAGCUAUAGUUGGAUUUAGUUUAAUUUAUAUGGUUUUUGGAGGAGUCUUUUGGAAAAAGCGUAAAAUAGAGGGCAUAGUUAUGUCAAAAAUGGAAGAAUUUCCUAUUGGUUUAAGUCCUGCUAUGAAAAAAGUUAAUUCAAACAAAAUAAGGACUCGUUAACCUAAUAUUCCUGGUCUAAUUAGUACCAGUUCUCCUAUGAGUAAUUCUCUAAGACCUAAAUUCUAUACUCCAACCCUUAAAAGCGAUAGACUCGAAAAUAGAGUCCAUUUUGUAUUUUAAAAGAGCGUAUUGAAAAAGAAGAAAAAAGUGAGAAAAUUUGGCAUUAACAAUACUAAUAAUAGUAGUAGUUAAAAUAAAACAUCUUAAAAUAUGAUCUCAGAAAAAUAAUCUUCUGAAUUUUCUGAUGCUGUUAAUAGAAUAGUCGAAGAAUAAUAUAAAUAAGUUGAAGAUUUCUAGUUCUGUGCUUAUAGUGAUAUGGAUGGAUCUGAUGGAAAAGAAGCAAAAAAAGCAGAUGCAGAGCACAGGUCAUUACAUUUAUUUAGAAAAACAAAUUCCUAAUAAUCAAAAUCUUUAAAAUCAUAAUCUUAAGAGUCUAUCACAUAAGAAUCAAUUGUUUGA